CCUCCGCCUCCUGCCUCGCAGCUUGUCUCGCCUUCGCUGCCGUGGAGGGGAGCGCCUCCGCCUCGGUGGACCAUGAGGGACGGCGCAAUGAACGGAAUGGUUUGUGAGAUAUGUGGCAGUGGUCAUGACCCAGGUAUUAUGGCAAGAUGUACUCAGUGCAAUGCCUAUCAGCAUUGUUAUUGCUUGCCAGUGAUGACAUAUGAAGUUCCUGAUGAAUGGUGUUGUUGUGAGUGCCAAACAAAGUCCAAUAUGGACCCAAGUCCUAGUCAAGGUGGGCAAACUAUAAUACUGGACAACAAUCUCUGUAAUAGAGUCCACCAAGCCAGUCCCAAAAUUCCAAACAAAUUUGAAAAUGCAAAAGUGAAAUACAUUUCUUGUGAAGAGGCAGCAUUAUUGAAUAAUAAAGAGAAACCACCAAAUGGUAGGUUAAAUUUUUUUGUGAGGCAAACAAAUAGUCAGGCUUGUCCUGCAUCUACUCCAAAUGUGAAACAGUCACCUUGUAGGAGAGAAACUCGUGCAUUUAGCCAGUUCCCUUGUAAAUCUCCAAAUGUGGAACAGUCUACCAGUAGGAUUGACUCUCAAGUGCCUUUUCGGAAACGAUGUGCUGGUGCAAGUCAGAACCAGGCAGAUUUUGCUGGUAUAUGCAUGAAACAGAAAGGAGAAUCAGGUGCGACAGUUCCUAGUACAAGCAGAGAAAUUAGAGGAAAACUUGAUAUUCAAGUUCAUAACGAGCAGAGGGAAAAUAAGGUAGUCAGUGCAGAUAAAGUAACAGUAACUUCCCAGAGUCAGGAUGAUUAUAGAGAAAAUAGCAAAUCCAAUUCUACAGAUACUGAUAUUGGACAUGGAUCUGAAAUGAAUCUGGACAACAAUACAAGCAUGCUGGUGGUCAUCAAUUCAAGUGUGGAAUAUGCAAGACGCCCACCACCAGAAAUUUGUUGGACGGGAUGCUUUCUUGCCGUCGAUGGAUCAAACUGUAAUCUUGGUGAUUUUAAAGCUUACUUCCCAUCAAAAGUGUCGUCUGAAGUUCUCAAUAUCAUCAAGAGCUUGCCUAUCAAACUAAAGUUGGAGAUAUUGCCUCGAAUGGAUGACUGGCCAAAAUCUUUUGAAACAACUCCACCAGUUUAUGAAGACAUUGGCUUGUUCUUCUUUACUGAAGUUGGCUGGAAUGACAAGAUGCAACAUCAUCUCAUGGAGACGAGCUGCAAUUUUGUUUUGAGGGCACAUAUCAACAAUAUAAAGUUGCUGAUAUAUUCCUCUGAAGUGCUUCCACCUGAUUCGCAGUGGAUUGAUGGAGAGACCUACUUAUGGGGUGUCUUUGUGGAUUUAAAGAGCAGGCGCAAGACUAAGCGAUUUGGUUCAAUUUCUGCAUGACUUCUUGCUUUCCUUGGGCAUUUAAUAUACCUGAAAGGUGUGGUUGAUUCCAUAGAUAGCCGGGAGGACGCGUUUGGUCUGUUUGAUCACAUAGCUGAAGGGAGGAAUCUCGAAUCGAUAAUUCGGGAGGAUUCUGCGUUCAAUGGACAACAAAUAAUUGUUGUUUCGUUUGGAAAUUGGACCAAUCUGUAUGCCAAGUGCAACCAACUAACCAUACAUCAUUGUUUGUUCUGUUGUAAUUGGUUUGGGCAUAACAGAGAUGGGUUAGGACAGGACAGGACAGGACAGGUCAGGUCAGCCUUGUAGCCGAUGUUUGAUUCUUCACUGCCAAAGUGCAAAAGGAUAAAGUUGGUUAGUUAUUAAGAUUGAAUUUGUCCACAGCUGGUGUUUGGCUCAUCACUGAAAUUGCAGUAUGCAAUGUUAUUAAGAUUGAAUUUGUCCACAGCUGGUGUUUGGCUCAUCACUGAAAUUGCAGUAUGCCAUUGCAUAUCAUUAAACCUAGUAUUCUGUCACUGAAAUUUCACUGAAAUUGCAGUA